AGUGGGCUGAUGUGCGUCCCAUCUCUACAAACAACAGUGAGCGUCGCUUUUCAAUGAAUAAAGCGGUUUAAAAAUGGAAGAGUCUCACGAUUUUCAGUUUAUUUUACCAUUAAACAACAAUGAUUUACUCAAUUCUCGUGGCGAUCAGUUUUAUGUACAACAGAUCUAUGCUCCCAAUGAGAUACCAGAACAAUUACUUGCUUGCAAAUCAAAGGUGCAUCAUUGUGAUCCAUUCUAUAUAUUCGAGCACUUUGACACCUACUAUUCGAUCAUCGAAACAAAGGCCAACGAUGCUGCGGCCAUACGCAAUCUUAUGCGCGCCUUCGACCUACUGUACCUCACAGUGGACCAAUUGGGUGGCCAAUUGGCGCCUUUGCUUGCCAGCAAUGAGGCGCCGUCUUCGCGGGAUCGUGUGCGCUACCUAAAUCUCACAAAGAUGUGCAUAUAUUUGAUGAUUCAAACGGUGAAACGCAUCGAUGUUGUUGUCCAGCAAGUGCUGAAGGAGCAGCAAUUUAAUCAGCAGAAGAAGCGCGGCAAACAGGCAGAGACAUUGGAACAGUAUCCGGACUGGGAUGUGAAGCGAGGAAAGUUUCUGGUACAACUCUUUAAUAUGAUGCAGCAUCACUUGGAAAAGCUCUGGAAUCCGCCAGUUGCCGAGGAGAGCUUUGUAACCAUGGUGUGCGAUAUAUGCUACCGUACCUUGGAGCUAGUGCCACCUCGGCCUGAUAAUCGACAUGUCAUCGACACGUUGUUUCACAUCUUUGGCAUUGCCAUUAAACGCUACAAUCAUGCCAUCACUUUUCCGGCUCGUACACUGCAAAUUUUAAGGAGCACCGAGCAUGCUUCCACAGCUGUGGCAAAUGGCAUUCUUUUGCUACAUGAGGAGUACAGCAUUUCCACCGUAUUCUCCAUCAUCAUGAAGGAUCUUGUGGAAGCACUCACUCUCGACACUUCGGAUACAGCUGUGUCGCGUAACUUUUCCAAUUUCCUCACCGAAUUCUCGGGUAUUGCACCCAAGCUGAUGAUCCCCCAUUUGUCCAAGCUGGGCGACGAAUUGCUCGACUGUGAGUCGCAUGUGCUGCGCAAUUGUGUGCUCCAGAUCAUGGGCGAUGCUAUAGUGAGCGAGCUAACCUCCGAAGAGCUAGACGAUGAAAUGAAGGAGGCGCGCAAUGAGUUUCUCGAUAAUUUAGUGGCUCAUGUCAACGAUAUUUCGGCGCAUGUGCGUUCUAAAGUGAUGCACAUUUGGCAUCAUCUCAAGGAACAACAUGCCAUACCACUAAGCUUUCAGAUCAAGGUGUUGCGCGAGGCUGUUGAUCGGCUGGAGGACAAGAGUUCGUUGGUCAGAAGGGCAGCUAUACAGCUGAUAAAAGCAUUUCUCGAGAAUAAUCCAUAUUCAGGGAAGCUAACGCUCGAGGAAUUGAUAAAGAAACACGAAAAGGAAGUGCAGGUCAUGGAACAGCUAGAUGAAGUGAUUGCCGAGGAACGCAAGCAAGCCGAGAAGUUCAAUGAGCAAUUUGGGACUGUGGUGCCAGAGUUGUCGCCCAUUAUCGAAGAGAAUGUGAGGGAGUUUCCAGAGCUGCAGUUUGAUAAAGAAGAGGAAUUAGACGUGUUGAUCAAUAGGAUUCUGCCGCUGCUUUUGGAUAAGAACUAUAAGGACGCCGUAGUGCUGGUGCGUAAGGCUGAUUACAUGGCAGGCAACCAGGAUCUAAGUCAACAGCUGAAGCCGGAGGAGCACUGCGCCUAUCUGCUGGCCUUGUUUAACACGUAUAUCAAGCUGGCAAAUGGCUGCAAGGACAGCAGCGAAGAAAUGCUAAAGCAAAUCAAAACAGUUGAGUUUCUCAAGGACAGCAUCGAGUUCUCGCAUGUGGCCACUAGCGCUAUGCCAAAAAUGCUGGAAAUGCUGCUGUCCAAGACGAACACGGAUGUGUUUGAGGCCGUAGAUCUGUUUACCACCGGCUAUCUCUUUGGCAUUCAUGGCACCGAGACGGGCAUGCAACGCAUGUUGAAUCUUGUGUGGUCCUCGGACAAAGAGAAGCGUGAUGCAGUUUCCAAUGCCUAUCGCCGCGUGCUCUUUACUACGGAUCUAACAGGCAGAGCGCAUGCCAUUAAGGUUGUGCAGAAUCUAUCCAAAUUUCUCUCGAAAAUCGAAUACGGACACUACACGGCCAUGGAAAUGUUGAUGGGCGAGUGGGUGGCUAGCGAAAACAUUGAUGCACUCAUUAUCCAAGUGCUAUUCGAACGCUUCACGUUGAAGCUGGAGGGAACCACUAAAGAUGAGUCCCGGUUAGCAUUGCAGUUGCUGAUUAUGGCCUCUCAGUCAAAGUCAACAAUUGCGUCUGCAAAUCGAACGAUCAUCGAAGACAUUGCCAUUGGCGAUCGCGUGAGACAGGAUCCUCGCAUCUACACUGCUUGUCUGCAGCUGCUGGUUAACAGCAUCGACGCCAACAACAAUAGCAAGUACUAUAAACGCUAUCCCAGUAAUGCCAAAUUCGUGCGCGACAUUACAAGCUUGUUCCUGAGCUUUUUCUUCCACCCCAAACUGCCGGAAUUUGAUAGCUUGGCCAUGAGUCUGUUUGAAUACUAUUAUCGCAUGUGCCAAGCACCAGAUGAGCUUGCCCAGAAUAUUGUCAGCGAAUUAAUCAGGCGUUUUAACAAGCAAUGGUUGAUUACGGAUACCCAGCCAGAAGAGCUGCCUCCCACACAGACCACGGACAUUCCAUAUUCACAGACCCUGCCACUGACACAAGAUCCCAGUCAGACUGUGUUGCCAUCGCAACCUCCUAAAGGUCCAGUUCGUAUGCCAGUUUAUUUGGUUUCGCGGUUUGUGUUCUGCAUUGGCUUCAUGAUCAUCAAGGAAAUGAUCUUCCUGGACAUGGAUGUGUACAACAAUAUGAAAUUCCGUGAAGAGCUGACGGCUCUCGAGGAGAAGAAGAACAAAAAGGACGUGGCGAGUGCAUUGCGUCGCCAGACAAUGAACGUGUCCGCCAUGGAGGUGCGAAAGCGUUUAUCGGGUGUGGCUGCCGAGCCGCAACAGGAACCCGACGAUGACUUGGUGGGCGCUACCGCUGAGGACAACAUUGCGGAGGAAAUCAAUGCCAUUUGCGAAGAUAUGCUGCUAUAUAACCCAAGUGCGCUAAUGUCCAAGAUCUAUCCAAUUAUUAUUGAAAUAUGCAAGAAACCUGGCGAGUAUCGAGAUCCGCAGUUGCAACAGGCGGCGACUCUGACGUUGGCACGCUUGAUGACUGUCUCCUCGAAGUUUUGUGAAUCGAACAUGUCCUUCCUUAUGAACAUACUCAAUCUGACCAAGAACAUGAAGAUCAAGUGCAAUACGGUCGUGGGACUGUCCGACUUGACCUUUCGUUUUCCGAAUAUUAUUGAGCCCUGGACAAGUCAUUUUUAUGCGCAGCUGCAUGAGGAGAACUCUGAACUACGUCUGACUGCGGUCAAGAUGCUGUCACAUCUCAUUCUGCACGAAAUGAUACGUGUUAAGGGUCAGAUCGCUGAUUUGGCCUUGUGCAUUGUCGAUGAGAGCGAUGAGAUUAAGAACAUCACACAGCAGUUCUUCAAGGAGAUUGCCAACAAAUCGAAUAUAUUGUACAAUGUGCUGCCCGACAUUAUCUCCAAGCUGGGCGACAUUAAACUGCAUCUGGAAGAGGACAAAUAUCGCACCAUUAUGCGCUACAUCCUCGGACUCAUCCAGAAGGAUCGCCAAAUCGAAACGCUGGUGGAGAAGCUCUGUCUACGUUUUCCACUGACGCGGACAGAGCGUCAAUGGCGUGACAUUGCCUAUUGCUUGAGUCUUCUCAGCUACAAUGAGCGUGCUCUAAAGAAGCUGAUUGACAAUGUGCAACACUUCAAGGACAAGGUGCAGAUCGACGAGGUCUACCAGUCCUUCAAGCUCAUCAUUAGCAGCACUGCGAAGCUUGCCAAGCCAGAACUCAAGGCAGUUGUUGCAGAAUUUGAGACGCGCCUCAACGAAUGCCUGCAGGUGACUGAGCCAGGCGCCAAUCCACCAGCCGAAGGUGCACCGGCUGCCAGCAAUGAGACGCGUAUGAACAAAACAAAGACCGCGAAGUCAGCGAACAAGGCACAGAGUGGCCGACAGCCUAAGCGUCGAAAUGCCCGUCAAAAGAGCAGUUCAGAGGAGGAGAGUUCCGAGGAAGAAGCAUCUGCUCGGCGCCAAGCGGGGAAACAGCCGAAGCAACAUCAACGUAAGCAGACCGUAGCCUCGUCGGACGAGAGUGAAUCCUCCGAGGAGGAGCGUCCAGCGCCUGCCAAGAAUCAAUCGAGCAGAAGACGCAAAUGAUAACGUCAAUCGCAUUAUAUGUAUUUUAACUUACGUAUUUUAAAUAAAUUUAUAUAUUUUUACAAUGA